GUUUCGUUCGCCAACUGUCUGCACUGAUGUGAGUGCAGUUAGCCUGCCUAUCAAUUUCACUCAAUUUAACUAUGGUCUAAAGAGGAAACCAUGAAUCUCCGUGGCUUUUUUCAAGAUUUCAACCCUAGUAAGUUCCUGAUCUAUGCAUGCCUGCUACUGUUCUCUGUGCUGCUGUCAUUGAGGUUGGAUGGCAUCAUCCAGUGGAGUUACUGGGCGGUGUUUGCGCCCAUCUGGCUGUGGAAACUCAUGGUGAUCAUCGGGGCUUCCGUGGGCACCGGGGUUUGGGCUCGCAACCCUCAAUACAGGGCUGAAGGUGAGACCUGUGUGGAGUUCAAGGCCAUGCUGAUCGCUGUGGGAAUCCACCUCCUCCUGCUCACCUUCGAAGUGCUGGUGUGUGACCGUGUGGAAAGAGGUUCACACUUUUGGCUUCUGGUCUUCAUGCCACUCUUUUUCGUCUCACCUCUCUCCGUGGCAGCAUGCGUGUGGGGAUUCAGACACGACCGCUCACUGGAGCUGGAGAUUCUUUGCUCUGUAAAUAUUCUUCAGUUCAUCUUCAUUGCAUUACGACUGGAUAAGAUCAUCAGCUGGCCGUGGUUGGUGGUGUGUGUGCCACUGUGGAUACUUAUGUCCUUCUUGUGUCUGGUGGUGCUGUAUUACAUCGUCUGGUCUGUGCUCUUCCUCCGCUCCAUGGAUGUCAUUGCCGAGCAACGGCGUACUCAUAUCACCAUGGCGAUCAGCUGGAUGACUAUAGUUGUGCCCCUGCUUACUUUUGAGAUUCUCCUUGUGCACAAGCUGGAUGGUCAUUAUAACUCCAACUAUGUCCCUGUUUUUGUGCCUCUCUGGGUGUCUCUGGUGACUCUAAUGGUGACCACAUUUGGCCAGAAAGGAGGCAAUCACUGGUGGUUUGGCAUCCGCAAAGACUUCUGUCAGUUCCUCCUUGAACUCUUCCCCUUCCUGAGGGAAUAUGGCAACAUAUCCUAUGACCUGCAUCAUGAGGAUUCAGAGGUGUCUGAAGAGAUGCCCAUCUACGAGGCACCUAAAAUUGCUCCCAUGUUUCGGAAGAAGACAGGUGUGGUGAUCACCCAAAGUCCUGGCAAAUACUUUGUGCCACCACCCAAACUGUGCAUCGACAUGCCAGACUAAUAUUCAGCACUUCCCAUUUGACUGUUCAUGAACAGUGAGAAGCUAUAGCACUAUGCACCAGGGUCUAUGUCAGGACAUACCAUUAAAGAAGAAAUGUACAAUCCAGCAACAAAGACUUUUCUUCUGAGAUCCUUCUGUGGUGAAAAUUCAUUAGAAAAGUCUUUCAUAUGGUUGAGUUAAGCUCAAAUCUAGAGUGUAGUUAUUGACUCUCCCUAGUCAUUUUGUAUGUGUAUGUACAUAGCCUUGUGUUUGAUGGCAUAGAUUGGAUCUGUUGCCUUCUGGAGUGCAUUGAUUCAACUUUCCUCAAGAACUCUCCACGAAACCAUCUAAUCUGUAAUUAAGGAAAGGCGUUUUUUUCUUCCUGGUCUGGAGAGUUGAGAUUAAUUUUCUUUUUUCAACAGUGCUGGAAAAAAAAAAAAACUUAAAUCAGCCUAAGCUGGUUUGCUGGUUUGAGUUGGUCUCCCAGCCUGGUCAAGCUGGUCUUGAUGCCUGGCAAGCUAAAAAUACCUACAACCACUCUUAGACCAGCUAAGCUUAGGCUGGUUUUAGCUUUAUUGUUUCAGCAGGGAAAUCAAUAUAUGGUACAGACUGUCUGCUAUUCACCUGUCAGUCCUAACUAUUCAGCUUUGUUGAUGUUUGGUCUGAUGUUAGCACAAUAUUUUUCUCUGUGCAAGCCUUUCUAUAUGUGUCAUUCCCUUAUUUGCACUGUGAUUGCAGCCUUUAGGGGGAGCAAAGUUUAAAAAUGAAUCUGAAAUUGUUCACUGUUUAUUUGAGAGUAGGGGUCUUCUUCAUCUGGUUAUAUGUGAUAGGAGCCAUCAAAGGAAAAUGAUUAGUCAAAGUGAUAGUUCACCCAAAAAUUUGUAAAUGAUGAGAAUUUUUAUUUUUGGGUGAACUAUCCCUUUAAGACUGAUCUUUUGGUCUUUGUUGUGCAGUUUUUGGGGUCUCAUUGAAAUGUGUUUAGGUCAUAUUUCCCCUAAAAUUGAAAAAAUAUAGAGAUAUAUAUAUAUAUAUAUAUAGAAAAUUAAAGAAAUGUUAUUUUGCAUAAUGAAAAUAAAGACUAUUAAGAUAUAUUUAUCCACUGUGACAUUAUUUUCAUUACAGUUUAGCACAAUUUCCACCAAAUUCCCAUCACUUUAAUGUGUCUGAGCAUUUAUUUUUGAAUUAUUUUGAAAUUUUCUUCAUUGAGAUUCUCUUCCCAAAAUGUGU